CCGAAAAAAACUGACGCACAGCAAGAUGGCACUGUUCAUGGACACAAGGCUGAUAAUAAGAAAAGUUACAGAUUUAAGAUGUUUAACGCCCAGAAGAUACAGAGUGAAAGAGAAAUGGGCUGCUACACAUGCCAAACACCCUCCCACCAGACUGGCCCUGCAUCACUUUGAUGCCACCUACAGUGUACAGCUGGGGAAGCUGUGGCCGUCAGUCCGAGUUGCCAUGCUGUCAGAGAGAAAGUACGGAGCCCUGCUCAACAAUUUCUGUCAUGAUGCUGUUCUGGUGGACCUCCAAGCCAAGGGAUGCAGAGACUUCAUCACCAACAGAGAGGAAGAUGCUAUGCCAAGCUUGGAGCAAAAUUCCGAGACUCAGGCCCAGGAUGAAUCCAGUGAUGUUUCCCUGAAGAAAUCUGACAUUGAUGGUCGGCAGAUAAAUCUAAGCCCAAAUAUUAAGUGCUUAGUGUUUCCAAGAGGGGAUGUCACACGAUUCAAGCCAGCGAGACCGGAUGCGUACGGCCUGUUGAGCUACUACCUCAUGGACGCAGCGUCUGUAUUGCCUUGUCUCGCACUGGAUGUUCAAGAAGGUCACAAUGUGCUUGAUCUCUGCGCCGCUCCAGGAGGCAAGACCCUGUCGUUACUUCAGACCCAAAGUAUUAGAUUCUUGUGUGUAAAUGACACCUCGGUGUCUCGAACAAUGCGACUGAGGAAGGUCCUCCACAGCUACGUACCAAAGCAGUUUUUGACAGAUGAGAAACUACGCAUCACCUCCUUUGAUGGCACCAAAUGGGGGGAUAUUGAAAGAAGCACUUUUGACAGAGUCCUUGUUGACGUUCCUUGCACCACAGACAGACAUUCGCUCACGGAAGACGACAACAAUAUAUUCAAUAAGAUCAGGGUCGGUGAGAGACGAAGGCUGCCUCAGCUACAACUAGAGCUGCUUCUGGCGGGAAUCGAAGCAGCUUGUCCAGGUGGGGAGAUCCUUUACUCCACCUGCACGCUGUCUCAAAACCAGAACCAGGGUGUGGUUGAACAGGCCAUCUGCUUGGCUAGAGAGAACCACGGCAUCCAACUGGAGGCCGUCAGUCUGCGACCCUUCACACAAAUGUUUAGGAACACCUUUCACUUCGCUCCCGGCCUCCACUUGGGUGAGAUGGUCAUACCACACUUAGCGGCUAACUUUGGACCGAUUUAUAUGUGCAAGCUGAAGAGACUCACAUAAACUGUGAGCUGAACUGUUUUGCUGAAAGUUUGGAGUAUUGAGUGAGUCUCCGGAUGGAAACUCAUUUACAAACACUUCCUGGUGGAAUGGAGUUGAUGGACUUGACUGCAGACGUAUUUUACCCUCAGAGAUCAACUUGGACUUUUUCCAUCAUAACUGCGGACACAUUGGAGAGCACUGGAGCUUUUUGAACUCUUAAAAGCCAGCAGGAAUGACAGCAUUGCAGUUUGCAUUAUGCUUGCAGUUUUCUUUUUGCCCCAUAGGUGUCAACAGAACAUAAAGAGUAAAGGUAUCCUGUGCCUUCUGUGCCCACUAGAGGACACUAAGCAUAUAUGAGUAAAGGUUGCAAGAACCCCAGUAUGUGUGUCCUCCUACACUUAUCAGAUGCACAGAGAUGCUAUUGCAGGUUGGGGAAUCACAUUACUGAAACACAAAUUUCCAUCAGAAUUACCUGCUCUCUUUAGCUCUGCUAUGAAAAUGGGCUUGGCUUGUUCUGUGGUUAUUCAUCAGGUUUGAUGGCUUUGCCUAAUAAUGCGAUAUGUGCAAGGAGGACAUAAUGAACAGGCAGGUAAUGACUUCUUUGACCAUUUGAAUCUGUGCAACUUUCAUUACUACAGCUGGAUUGACUCCGUUUUGCAUUGGCAUCACUCAGAGGUGAAAUGUUUCCUCUUAUCGCAACCUAAUGGCAGCGCAGAGGUGCCUCUUUUUCCAUCACACCGCCGAUGACCCUUUAUGUUGUCCUGGCCAGGCAAUGUAGCGUGAAAAAGGUGUGUGUGUGUGCGCGUUUAUAUAGAUAUAUAUAUGUAUGUGUGUGCUUCUAACGAGUCCACCAUCCACAUCCCACUGUCAUUAAGCUGCUCCAAGUGCUGGAGCUCACUCCCAUCCCCGUGCAGGGAUGGACGGCAGCCAUGCGACUCCCAGAUGAACAUUAAAGAGGCAGCAGAGAGCUAAAAUGGGACGACUCGCCCCGUUUUUGCCCCUCCGCUUUUUUUAUUCCACAGAUGAGUGCAGAUAAUUUUCUGUGCGAUUGUGAGUGAUUACUGUAUUACUGCGGUAAAAGGGGGAUGUAUCGGGGAAUGCAGAGGGAAUUAAUGACACAUAAAAACUAUUUCUGUAUUGACUGCGUUCGUCCCCAGGGCCCUGAAUGCCUCUUCGCAUAUCUUGUGAUUACCUAAACGUAUUGUAAAUAUGUGUUUCCUAUGGGCUCUUACAUAAAUUUACAUGUUUUAACACUCAGGAGACGGCAGACUGUUAGAGAUGAGUUACUCUCUAUUCUGCCUGUCUAUAGACUCGACUGGCUGCCUGCUUUAUUAUUGAAUUAGCCAAUGAAGCGCUGUGCUUUUGUGUCCCUGUAUAUAAGCCUGUGUUAGGGAGACAUGAUGUGUAUUAGAAAGAUGGAUAUUAUGGAUUUAACUACACAGCCGUGCUUCUGUUGUGUUUUCAAAUACAAUUUAAAUGUUGCCUUUUUGCUAAUAAACAUGCAAAACACUGUAA